AUGGUUGCUUUCCAGCAUCUCUCCCUCUCCGCAGCCGUGGUGAUUUUGGCGGUGGCCGGACGGGCUCUCACGGCCCCGACCAAUCUACGCGAACUCGAAUCGAGGGCCGAAGUUGCCAGCGACAGCAUGCCCGAGGCCCGCGACGUCGACAUGCUAUACGAAAACCUCAUCCAGCGACGGGAUCUGGAGACCCGCAGCCGUCGCAGGGGCGAUGAGAAGCUGAUGGACAACAUGAAGUUCGGCUUCAAGGACUUCAUCGCUCUGAUGGGGCGAGACCUCGAUGACCGCGACUUUGACGACGUUCUCGACGCCCUUGUUCAGGUUUCCCGCCGAGACCGAGAUAUUUGA